AUGGCAGAAAAGGGAUCCCCCUUUGUUGUGGGGUUAUUGGUGAUAGGCAAUAUUAUUAUUAUGCUUUCAGGGCUGGCACUUUAUGCUGAGUCUAUUUGGGUAACAGCUGAUCCCUAUAAAGUCUACCCCAUCAUGGGGGUGACGGGCAAAGAUGAUGUCUAUGCAGGUGCCUGGAUCUCCAUUUUCACUGGGUUUUCCUUCUUCUGUGUUUGCGUCUUUGGCAUUAUCAGCCUUGUGAACGGCAACCGCCUCAUGGUGUUGUUGUAUCUUGUACUGCUCCUGGUUGUCUACUUGUUUGAAUGUGCCUCUUGCAUCACCUCCUACACACAUCGUGAUUUUGUAGUAUCAAAUUCCAGACUGGUAACCAAGCAGAUGUUGGCCUUCUACUCAGCUGACACAGACCAAGGCCGGGAGCUCACCCGGAUGUGGGACCGUUUCAUGAUGGAGCAACAGUGCUGUGGUGCCAACAAUCCCUUGGACUGGGUAAAUUAUACCUCCGUGUUCCGAAGUAGGUACCCUGAAGUCGUGGCACCUUGGCCAUUCUACUGCUGCAAACGUGAUCCAAACUUUAUGAUCAUCAAUGAGGAAGGCUGCAGAUUGGGGCACAUUGAUUACCUCAAUACUAAGGGCUGCUUUGAACACAUCAAGCAUGCAGUACAGAGUUAUGCCUGGGGUGUCUCCUGGUUUGGUUUUGCCAUUCUUAUGCUCACAUGCCCUGUUGUUCUUCUGGCUAUAUACCAUUACACCACAAUGUGA